AUUUGAUCACAGAACAACACAUCACAAGGGACAGGAUAAAAACAGUGCACCCCCAGAAAAAAAAGGAAGUUGAGAACAGAACCAUACAAUGUUGUUUUCUUAUUCCCUACAAGAGGCCCUUGGAGGCUGCUCAAUUGGAUUAGGUCAAUUUCAGCAUCAGAUAGAGAAUAUCUUAGCCCUUUUAAUAUUAAUGUUUUGCAACAACUUCUUUAACAGCAGAAACCACCCACUGUUUUCCUCUCUAGAUUAAAGUUCUAUUUAUGCUUUUGGUGUUUGAGAGAGAUCAUUAACAAAUAUGGUUGCUGUGUUCAACAAAGAGCUUUUGAGCUGGUACCUCAUCACCCUCAAACUCAAAGAAACUGUAGAAGCUGGGAUUCCAAACUUACCAGGAACACCCACCUCUGCUAGAUCAAUUGAAUUAUCAGAAGCCCCUCAGCAUCAGCAACCAAACGAUUCACUGCAGAUUGUGGUUAAUGGUGAUGGACAAAAUUUUGCAGAGGAAACCAAUCCAUCAGAUUCUGAAUGGGUGAUCUCCAUCAAGGAAAAACUUGAGCAAGCCCAUCAAGAUGAUGCUGCAGAUUCAUGGGCAAAGCUCUGCAUCUACCGAGUUCCCCACUACCUUAGAGAAGGCGAUGACAAAGCCUACAUCCCGCAAAUUGUCUCCUUGGGGCCUUACCACCAUGGCAGAAGACGCCUUAGAAACAUGGACCGGCAUAAAUGGCGAUCCCUUCAUCAUAUCCUCAAGCGCACCAAUCAUGACAUACAGAUCUAUCUGGAUGCCAUGAAGGAACUUGAAGAAAAAGCUCGUGCCUGUUAUGAAGGAACAAUCUGUCUUAGCAGCAAUGAAUUUGUGGAAAUGAUGGUGCUUGAUGGUUGCUUCAUACUGGAGCUCUUCAGAGGCGUUGCCGGGGGAUUCAAGCACCUGGGUUAUGCUCGAAACGAUCCCGUCUUCGCUAUCCGUGGCUCAAUGCAUUCAAUUCAGCGAGACAUGAUAAUGCUUGAGAACCAAAUUCCACUCUUUGUUCUUGAGAGGCUGCUAGGAAUUCAGCUGGGCCAGCCUGAACAGAAAGGGCUUGUAGCCAAGCUAGCACUCCGAUUCUUCGACCCAUUGAUGCCAACAGAUGAGCCAUUAACAAAAAGUGAUAGGAACAGAUUGGAGUCAUCACUUGGAUAUACAACCACCUUUGACCCCUUAGGCGACCAAGAUGGCCUUCAUUGCCUUGAGGUGUUCCGAAGAAGUCUGCUGCGCACAGGACCGAGACCUGUUCCUAGGAUUUGGAUGAAGAGAUGGUCACAUUCCAAUCGCGUUGCAGAUAAGCGGCGACAACAGUUGAUACACUGUGUGACGCAGCUGAGAGAGGCAGGGAUCAAAUUCAAGAAAAGGAAGACUGAUCGCUUCUGGGAUAUAAAAUUCAAGAAUGGGAUUCUCAGGAUUCCUAGGCUGUUGAUCCACGAUGGUACUAAAUCGCUCUUCCUCAACCUCAUUGCGUUCGAACAGUGUCAUCUGGAUUGCAGCAAUGACAUUACCUCGUAUGUGAUAUUCAUGGACAGCUUGAUCAACUCUCCGGAGGAUGUGGGAUACCUCCACUACUGCGGAAUAAUGGAGCACUGGCUUGGCAGUGAAUCGGAGGUUGCAGACCUCUUCAACCGCCUCUGUCAAGAGGUGGUUUUUGACAUCAAUGACAGCUACCUAUCAUCCUUGUCGGAGCAGGUAAACAAGUAUUACAACCACAGGUGGAAUGCUUGGCGUGCUAGUUUGAAGCAUAACUAUUUCAGCAGCCCCUGGACGAUCAUCUCGUUUGUGGCUGCUGUUGUCUUAUUGGCGCUCACUUUUGCACAAACCUUUUAUGCAGUAUAUAGCUACUACAGGCCUGGUUGAGUGACCUAAGUCCGGCCCCUGAUAUUUUCUCUCUUUCGUCUUUUCACCUGAAUUUCACGAAGAAAGUGGUAUAUAGACGACGACUUCCACAUGUCACCCAGGCUUUUUCUUAUUUUUAUUUUAUUUUAUUGAUGGUGGGUAAUCAAGAGUUGCUGGAGAAUGAAACUGAUUGUCAGAAUGUCUUCUAUUUGGAUUUUUGCUUAAGUUUGCCUCGUGAAUGAAAGUGUGAAUCCUGGUUUUUAGGGGUUUUUGGCAAAGA